AUGACAGGCCACCAAGCGCAUGCCGUCGAGUAUGCCCGGGAUGAUGCCGACUGCCCCUAUGAUGGGCGGCAUGCGGCCAAUGAUGCCCGGGAUGAUGCCAAUGAUGCCCGGCAUGAUGCCUGGCAUGAUGCCUAUGAUGCCGGGCAUGAUGGGGAUGCCGGGCAUGAUGCCCAACGCGCCGCCAAAGUCGAGGAGGUGAAGAAGGAUUUCCUGAACUUGAAGUUCGGUGACAGAGAGCCGCCAAUUGAUCAAGAUGUGAAGGCGUUCAUGGACAAGCACAAGAUUGAUGAUAAGGCCCUUCUGAAGCGUCUCAAUGAGGAGAUCAUGAAGAAGCGGGACACGAAAGAAAGCGUGCUCUUGAAACUGGACGAGCUGUUGGAAGACAUGGGAGAUCCCAAAGGCUACCUCGAGAUGAAGCUGGAGGCCUUUGCCUUGCUUUGGGACCGCUUACCGUUUGCGCAGCUCAGCCUCAUCUGGCCCUGA